AUGGCUUCUUCAAGAUUGCUUUUCUUUCUAUAUUUUCUUUUGAUACAACUUGUAGCUCUCACUAAAGCACAGCAACCAACAGUCGAGCCUAAAAUGUCAUACCAUGACUGUGUAGGAAAGGGUAACUACACCACUAAUAGUCCCUACCAGGCAAAUCUCAAUCAACUCCUCACCUCUAUCUACACUAACACAGCAAUAGACUACGGUUUCUACGAUUUCUCUUUGGGGGAAAACGCCGACAGGGUACAAGCAAUUGCACUUUGUAGACCAGAUAUUAGUCCUGGUGUGUGCCGUGCUUGCAUAAGAAAUGCAAGUGAUUCCCUGGUAAGACUCUGUCCAAAUUUUGUGGAGGCAAUCGGGGGGUUAGAUAAUUGUAUGGUACGCUACGCAAACCGCUCCAUUUCCAAUCUUAUGGAAAAAGGACCUUACUUUUGGGUGUAUGAUGACCGAAAUAAUGUCUCCGAUGUAGAUGGGUUCAAUCGGUCGCGGAUGACCUUGUUAGGUAAUCUGAGUGAUAAAGCUGCGAGGGGUGAUUCUCGUUACAAGUACGCAAUGGAUCAAAUAGAUGCCCCAAACUUCCAAACAAUAUAUGCACUUGUACAGUGUACUCCUGAUUUAUCUGCCUCCGAAUGCAGGGAUUGCCUGUAUAAUGCUUCAGGACUUAUUCCACAGUGUUGUGAAGCGAGACAAGGAGGAAGAGUUAUUUAUCCAAGCUGUAAUUUUUGGUAUGAGAUUGACCGUUUCUAUGACCCGUCUGCUAAUGCUCCUCCACCUCCACUUCCACCAUCACCAUCUUCAACUUCACAAGGAAAGAAGAGCAAUAAAUCUCGUACUGUCAUCAUUGCUGUUGUUCCAGUUGUUUCUGUAAUUCUUAUAAUUUGCAUCUGCAUCUUCUUAAGAGUCAGGAAGCAGAAGGAGGAAUUUGAAGGUAAGUUCAGAGGCUUUUCUUUGAUGUUGGCAUAUUUUCUGAAAGGUUAG